UCCGGAACAAGUGACCCCAGUAUUGGUGAUUGGAAAGAAAUAAUGAAGUUCUCGACUUCUUCGAUCAUCCUUCGCCGACUCAGUAGGUCAUUGCGGAGCAAGUACAUAUGCAGACAACUGACAAACCAAGAAGCUUUGCUUGCGAAACCGACAGAUUCUUUUUUCAUUACGACCCCAAUAUUUUAUGUGAAUGCAGCGCCUCAUAUUGGGCAUCUAUACACUGCAUUGAUAGCAGAUGCAGCCCACAGAUGGCAGUUGUUCCUCGGAUGUCCAGCAACCAUCUUUGCCACUGGAACUGAUGAGCAUGGUCUCAAGGUUCAGCAAGCUGCAGCGAUGGCACAAAUGGAUCCUCUGGAUUAUUGUUCACAAGUUUCAGAUAAGUUUCGAGAUCUUUUCAGAAAACUGGUUGUUGAGACAUUGACGCUUACAUAG